AUGGUCGCUGAAGUUCAAAAACCAGCUCCAGCUUUCAAGAAGACCGCAGUCGUCGACGGUAUCUUUGAAGAAGUCUCACUAGAACAAUAUAAGGGUAAAUAUGUCAUCUUGGCUUUCGUUCCAAUGGCUUUCACUUUCGUUUGCCCUACAGAAAUUGUCGCAUUUUCAGACGCCGUUGAGAGAUUUAGAAGCUUGGGUGUCGAAAUCCUAUUUGCAUCUACUGAUUCUGAAUAUACACUAUUGGCCUGGACAAAUGUCGCUAGAAAAGAUGGUGGUUUGGGUCCAGUCAACAUUCCACUACUCGCUGACACUAACCACUCUUUAUCAAGAGAUUACGGUGUCUUACUUGAAGAUGAAGGUGUUGCUUUGAGAGGUUUAUUCGUCAUCGAUCCAAAGGGAAUCGUCAGACACAUCACUAUUAAUGAUUUACCAGUAGGCAGAAACGUUGAAGAGGCAUUGAGAGUCGUUGAAGGUUUCCAAUGGACCGACAAACACGGUACCGUUUUACCAUGUAACUGGACUCCAGGGUCUGCUACUAUUAAACCAAGUGUAAAUGACUCUAAGGAAUAUUUCCAAGAAGCUAAUAAAGAUAAAUGA